GCACCCCACUGAUGGCUGCCCCGCGAUGGCACCCGCUGCUGCUGGCGCUGGUGGGGCCGGUGGCAGCGGGGGACCCCGCGGUGGCCCGCAACGACCGGACGGUGGCCGCGCUGCUGGGGCUGCUGCUGUGCCUGGUGCUGGGGCUGGCGCUGGCCUGGCACCACCUGUGCCGCCUCUCGGCCGGCCAGUACACCCCCCGGCCCCUGGGCCGCCGGGCGCUGCAGCUGCUGCGGGGACAGUGGCACCGGCUGCGCUCAACGCCGGGGGACCCCGCCGCGACCCCCGGGGACAGCCACGGGGAGGUGGCCGUGCGCGACGAGGAGGAAGAGCUGAUGCCAUGGAGCCUGGACCGGCGGCCGCAGCAGGAGGAGGAGGAGGAGGAUGAGCAGGAGGAGGAUGAGAAGGAGGAGGAUGAGCAGGAAGAGGAUGAGGCCGAGGCAGCGCCGGAGGGCAGGGAGAGCCCCCUGAGUGAGGGGCAGGCGGUGGGGGGCAGCGCCGAGGCCCUGCUCAGUGACCUGCACGCCUUCUCGGGGACAGCGGCCUGGGGGGACGCGCGACCACACGUCACCGCCUUGUGACAUCACCGUCCUGACGUCACCACCCUUUAUCAUCUCCCUGUAGUAUCACCUCCUUGUAAUGUCACUGCCCUGUAGUGUCACUCCCUGUAAUGGCACCUCCUUGUAAUGUCACCUCCCCUGUAAUGUCACUGCCCUGUAGUGUCACUCCCUGUAAUGGCACCUCCUUGUAAUGUCACCUCCCUGUAAUGUCACUGCCCUGUAGUGUAACUCCCUGUAGUGUCACUCCCUGUAGUGUCACCUCCUUGUAAUGUCACUGCCCUGUAGUGUCACUCCCUGUAAUGGCACCUCCUUGUAAUGUCACCUCCCUGUAAUGUCACUGCCCUGUAGUGUAACUCCCUGUAGUGUCACUCCCUGUAAUGUAACUGCCCUGUAGUGUCACCACCCUGCCAGCAAAGGGACCCUCUCUCUGUCCCCCGCCAGCCCCCAGCCGCGGCUCCUGAAUGGCUGCAGGGGCCUUGUCCGAAUGUGCACUGACCAAUAAAAGAGCAGCUCUGGGGCCAGAGCAGACCA